GACUAACGUUAGAUCAUUCCCAUGACGCGUAUGGACGAUUGACAGAUUAGCAAUGACACGAUUGGUCGCGUACCUAACUUACUCGAGCAGUUAAUCGACAGCGUUCACGAGCUGAUCUUUAAUGUAAUCCGUUUUUUCUAAAUUGAGUUACAGCUGUCUUGUUUCAUUACAAGAUUGACUUAUCUGUGUCUGAUCAAUGUGUAAUGUUUAAUACGGUGAACUUAAGUGGUCGUCUGCAAUUCGAGGCACCUGUGGCUGUGCCUUUUUGUUGUAAACACUAAAACAACCAUCAGGAAUACCCGACGGACCAUGGAAGGAGGCAUAUUGCAAAGUCCAGAUACUACUCUGGACAGAUCCGACGAUGAGAUCGCUCUACAAGGAUUCUGCAGUCCUAAAAAGGCACCAUACAGGUUUCUCGGACUAGCAUUGAUGUGCCUCUUAGGCUUCGGUUCGUAUUUCUGUUUUGACAAUCCUGGAGCUUUACAGGAUAAUUUCAAAACUGAUCUACAUAUGUCCACUAGCAAAUUCGUUUGGCUUUAUUCAAUUUACUCCUGGCCGAACGUGGUUCUCUGUUUCAUUGGUGGAUUUUUGUUGGAUAGUGUCUUCGGUGUACGUUUAGGCACAGUUAUAUACAUGGGACUCACUUUAAUUGGACAGAUAAUAUUUGCAACAGGAGCUAUGGUCAAUACAUUUUGGGUGAUGAUGCUUGGACGUUUUAUUUUCGGUAUUGGUGCAGAAUCAUUAGCUGUUGCUCAGAACAGUUAUGCUGUUCUAUGGUUCAAGGGAAAGGAACUCAAUAUGGUAUUUGGUUUGCAAUUGAGUUUUGCAAGAGUUGGAUCCACUAUCAAUUUUUUGGUAAUGGAACCAAUCUACAAUUAUGUGUCCCAAUAUUACAAAGGUCCAGAGUGUAUUGGCAUAGUUCUCUUUCUUGCUACUCUCACACUUGUGGGUUCUAUGAUCUGUGCAUGUGUAUUGGGUAUCAUGGAUAAGCGUGCUGAGAGAUUACUGAGAAGAGGAGAGGGACAAGAAGCUAAAACUGUUAGUUUAACAGAUGUUAAAGAUUUCAAGCCAAUAUUUUGGUUAAUUGCUUUCAUUUGCAUUGCUUAUUAUGUCGCAAUAUUCCCGUUCAUCGCCUUAGGAAAAGUAUUCUUUGAACGGAAAUACGCUUACGAACCAACAAAUGCAAAUACAGUUAAUUCUCUUGUAUAUUCCAUAUCAGCUAUCGCAUCUCCGAUUUUGGGAUAUCUGGUCGAUAAAACUGGGAAAAACGUUUCAUGGGUAUUUAUAAGUAUUUUAGCAACGAUAGUAGCUCAUGGACUACUCGCAUUCACGUAUGUGAAUCCUUAUAUCUGCAUGAUUCUUAUGGGAAUAGCAUACUCUAUGCUUGCUAGUAGUUUAUGGCCAUUGAUUGCUCUUGUUAUCCCAGAAUACCAGCUUGGUACUGCUUAUGGAAUCGCGCAGGCUGUACAAAAUCUGGGUUUAGCAGUAGUUUCAAUAUUAGCGGGCAUAAUUGUCGACCGAGGUGGUUACUUCAUCCUUGAGAUGUUUUUCUUAACUUGGUUAUGGAUUUCGUUGAUAACUUCUAUUGCAAUCUGGGUGUCAGAUAUAGCGACAAGCGGUGGUUAUCUAAAUAUGACACCAGGUCAAAGAGAAAAAUAUGCGGAAAUUCGACGUACACCGGAAAGUCUCGAAAGGGAAAAAUUAUUACCUCCGGAAUCUACUUCAGAUUUGUCAACUGAUGAUCUUUUACAGCCGCAAUCUGAUAUCAGCAUAAGAAAUCGCUAUCUUGCUCGUAUUGGAGGAAUGGUACCUCCUAAUGUCAAACCGACGAUCUAUCGACCAUUACGAUGAUGAAUUUCAUUUAGAAUUAAAUUUGGAAAAGAAAUAGUUAUGUUCGUUUAAAAUCUCGUUAAAAAGAUUUGCUCACUGUGUCUUCCUCUCACAUAGCAUUAAUCUGUGAUAAUUUUUUAAUUGAUAUGUUGAAAGCCAAGUACGAAUCAUUUUUAACAAGUCGACAAAUAGAUUUUUAAUUGAUAGUUUAUAAACGUCGACGAGUUGACAAAUGACAAAUCUAUAUAUCAUUUAGUUUAGCAUUAACUGUAACUAUAAAUUUUAAUCGUAAUACAACUUAUUAAGUACAAUGGAGCAGCAUGUUUAUAAUACAAAUAAAUCAAGAAUUAUUUUCUACCUCUUGUUUAAACAGAAUAUAUAUAUAUAUGUAAAGAUGUUUAAUUACUUAUUUUUUAUGAUACGUAAUAAGUUGUAACAUGUAAGCAUAAUGUUUGAACAAAAAAGAAAAUUUAUGCAACUGUCUGUAUAUGGCUUUCUUUUGUAGCUACUAAUGCUAAUUUAAUAUAUAAUGUACAAUUUAUUUUAUAUCGAAAGCUUAGCAAUUGUGAAAUCCAAAAAAGGUUCAUAAAUAGCUUUUUAUGCUGUAUGAUAAAAGACAAAAUGAAAUUUUCAUA